AUGCCGGCGGCGGCGGGGGACGGGCUCCUGGGCGAGCCGGCGGCGCCCGGGGGCGGCGGCGGCGCCGAGGACGCGGCCAGGCCGGCGGCGGCCUGCGAGGGAAGUUUCCUGCCGGCCUGGGUGAGCGGCGUGCCCCGCGAGCGGCUCCGCGACUUCCAGCACCACAAGCGCGUGGGCAACUACCUCAUAGGCAGCAGGAAGCUGGGCGAGGGCUCCUUCGCCAAGGUGCGCGAGGGGCUGCACGUGCUGACCGGAGAGAAGGUGGCCAUAAAAGUCAUCGACAAGAAGAGAGCCAAAAAAGACACCUAUGUCACCAAAAACCUUCGGCGAGAGGGGCAGAUCCAGCAGAUGAUCCGCCACCCUAACAUCACCCAGCUCCUUGAUAUCUUAGAGACAGAAAACAGCUACUACCUGGUCAUGGAGCUGUGUCCUGGGGGCAACCUGAUGCACAAGAUAUAUGAGAAGAAGCGGCUGGAGGAAUCCGAAGCCCGCAGAUACAUCAGGCAGCUCAUCUCUGCGGUGGAGCACCUGCACCGGGCCGGGGUGGUCCACAGAGACUUGAAGAUAGAAAACUUGCUGCUAGAUGAAGACAAUAAUAUCAAGCUGAUUGACUUUGGUUUGAGCAACUGUGCCGGGAUCCUGGGCCACUCCGACCCGUUCAGCACACAGUGUGGCAGCCCCGCGUACGCCGCGCCCGAACUCCUUGCCAGGAAGAAAUAUGGCCCCAAAAUCGAUGUCUGGUCCAUAGGUGUGAACAUGUAUGCCAUGCUGACCGGGACCCUGCCUUUCACGGUGGAGCCUUUUAGCCUGAGGGCUUUGUACCAGAAGAUGGUGGACAAGGAAAUGAACCCCCUUCCCACCCAGCUCUCCACAGGAGCCGUGAACUUCCUGCGUUCUCUCCUGGAACCAGAUCCUGUGAAGAGGCCCAAUAUCCAGCAGGCACUGGCGAAUCGCUGGCUUAAUGAGAAUUACAUGGGCAAAGCGCCAUGCAAUGUCACCUAUCCCAACAGGAUUUCCCUGGAAGACCUGAGCCCGAGUGUGGUGCUGCACAUGACGGAGAAGCUGGGCUACAAGAACAGCGACGUGAUCAACACCGUGCUCUCCAACCGCGCCUGCCACAUCCUUGCCAUCUACUUCCUCUUAAACAAGAAGCUCGAGCGCUAUUUGUCAGGGAAAUCCGACAUCCAGGACAGCGUCUGUUACAAGACCCAGCUCUACCAGAUAGAAAAGUGCAGGCCCACCAAGGAGCCCUAUGAGGCCUCCCUGGGCACCUGGACAAGAGACCUCGAAUUUCACGCUGUGCAGGAUAAAAAGCCCAAAGAACAAGAGAAAAGAGGGGAUUUUCUUCAUCGGCCGUUUUCCAAGAAGUUGGAUAAGAGCCUGCCAUCGCACAAACAGCCCUCAGCCUCGCUCAUCACGCAGAUUCAGAGCACCAGGGCCCUGCUGAAGGACCGGAAGGCCGCCAAGCCUGGCUUCCCCGACAAAGAUUCCUUCGGCUGCCGCAAUAUUUUUCGCAAAACCUCGGACUCCAAUUGCGUGGCUUCCUCCUCCAUGGAGUUCAUCCCUGUGCCACCCCCCAGGACACCCAGGAUUGUCAAGAAACCAGAGGCCCCUCAGCAGGGGCCUGGGAGCGCUGGCAUCCCUGCCAAGGAAGACCCCCCGAUGCUGGAUAUGGUGCGCUCCUUUGAGUCUGUGGAUCGUGAUGACCAGACGGAACUGCUGUCCCCGUCCCAUCACUAUAGGAUUCUGAGCUCCCCUGGAGGCCUGGCUCGAGGGAAUCCCGGUGAGCGGACGCUCUCUCCCGUCCUGCUGCCCGGAAGCCCGUCACCUCUCCAAACCCCUUUGCACCCCACUCUGGUCUCCUUUGCCCACGAAGAUAAGAACAGCCCCCCCAAAGAGGAGGGCAUGUGUCCCCCAGCCCCGGGGCCCGGCAACAGCACCGCACAGCCCCUGGGGAGCCCGAACUGUGUGAAAAGCCGAGGCAGGUUCCCCAUGAUGGGCAUCGGACAGAUGUUGAGGAAGCGGCAUCAGAGCCUGCAGCCCUCCGCAGACAGGCCCCUGGAGGCCAGCAUGCCCCCGCUGCAGCCCCUGGCCCCCGUGAGCCUCUCCUUCGACGUGGCUGACGGGGUCAAAGGCCAGUGUUAACCCGGGCCAGCAGUGGGGUUCUUGGCAUUUCUAAGGAAAGCAAUGGAGCAGCUCCAUACAUCUGUCAGGGCAUGAAGACUCAAAGGCCUCUCACAGAGCAUCCUUCACGGUCUCACCUCCUCCUGACCUGCGAUGUCCCCACAGCUGAAACCCACAGACCCAAGAGCCCGUACAGCCCAGUCCCGAGUAGGGCCUCCUGGAGAUGCUGGGAUCCCCCAGGAGGGUUGCCUGCCCGCGCAUCCAGCUCCAAUCACGCACGGCCUCCUUCCUCCCACCCACUCACGAACCCUCCACCCACCUCCCUCAACUGCGCUGGGGGUGAGAAGCCAGCAUCGGGCUCUGGGCCACUCAGAUGACAGACCCUUCUGAGCUGUUUCUCCACUUCGUGCUCUGUGUGCGCCUCUCAACGGACUGUCCUCUUUUCAGCAGUCAGAUGGCGGCGUCACAAACUGGUUCACCCAGGCACGGUUUCCCCUCUUUUCAUAGAGGUGGAUCCCAUGAACCCCUGGGGAGGACAGGCAGGAACCUCCGAAACCAGCACCGUCCCCUCUGAGCAAAAAGGGGCAUCUGGUCAAAGACCGAUCCGAACGGUGGGGACGCCAAUGAAAGGAAAGGGCCAAUGGGGACAGUCAUUUGCCGAGCGAGGUCUUGACAGAUUUCUUUUCUCUUUUGGUUGAAACUUGCUAAUGGUUGAAUUCUCUUCUCCGAAGAUGAUUUUUCUUUAUGUGAUGUCAUUAGACCGAAACAACAUAAUUUUUAAAAACCUGGAUGGAGAGAUGAGAAUUGAUUUCACCAAACUCCUGUUCUCACGGGAGAGUACGCAUGGAGGGCAUCAAAGCUCACCCAGGUGAUGUUUUGAGUGGCUGGUGGCCUACGCUGGCCUGCAGGAGGGGCGAGAUCAUAGCCGGCCGUGUGUUCUUCCCAUCAGAUCAACAGAGCCCUGAUCCUGCUGGAAAGUGUAACACAUAGUUGGAAAGAGAAGAGAAUUAAGGUUGGAUAUGGACGUACUCAGAAGGCGCCAUUAGCUCUGUGCAAUGAGGUUUUCAAGCUGCCGAGGAAACAGGCGUGAUUUAGAAUUCAGCCAGUUUGCCGUGGGCUGUGAGAGGCUCGUCUGGAGGGCAUCACGUUCAAAAUACAGUGUCGUAUCUUCUCUGAGGACAGCAGCAUUCCUCACGCAGGCUUUGAGUCCAUGUUCUGUUUUCACACCUUUUGCCAAGGAUGGAACCAAAGAUGCAUCUCUGGGUCUGUGUCUGUGCCAUUCCCUCUGUACGUGUUCUGUGGACCCCAGCGUUGUCUGACCGUGUGUAGCUUGGAGCCCCCCAGGGGCUGUCUCCACUGGGGUCUGGGCCCUGGCACUUGGUGGGGACCACUUGGUGGUGAGCAGAACUGGCAAAAGAAGAAGAAUCAGCACAGGUUGGAUAGAGGUCAGUUCGGAGACAGGUUACACUGCAGCCUGGAGUCUUCAACUGUUGGCUGGUGCAGGUGCGGCCAGAAACCACUAAUGUGGCCACCCCAGGGCUAGUCCUCCCAGCCCGCUGAUCCCGAACAAAGGCCACAGCCUCUGAGCAUUUGCAAAGCCUGCCUUCCCUUCCACCGGCAGCCAGCCUGUGCCAGAGAGUAGCGGGGAUGGUCCUUCAUUUCUUCCCAUUCAGCACUGGUGACCUUCUUCCACCCCAAACGUCUCUGACUGAGCAAGGAGACAGCAGAUACCUGGCUGUCCCCAGAAGCCACUGCCGUGGCCCGUCUUGGCUGACCUUGACAAGACCUGGGGCUGCUGCUUCCCCCUUGAUGGGCUCGCCCCAGCCCUAGGGCUAGGGAGUAAGUCAGGCUCCCCGCUGUCGGUGGCACUCCUUUGGAUGGCUGCAGACCGGCUUGCGGAACUUUCCGUUGAAAAUAGAGCUUUUUAAGUCGAGAGAAGAAAAGCAUCUGAAAAAGUCCCUCUCUCCAUUUGACAUGAAGUGUUUGGUUUUUGAUCGCCGAAGAAGCCUUUUUGAAGAUGGUUUCCAGCUGCAAGUGCCGACUCUGCAGGCUUGCAGGCUACGUGCCUGUGAACUUGGUCUCGCUCUUUAUGUCUCUCUCUUGUGUUUUACUUGCCUCGAGAACAUGAGCAUUUCUGUGUCGCUGUUAGCUUGCUGGGACGUGUUCCCCGAUCCUCGUAUGCUUCCAGAGCAGCUGCAGGCUCUCCUACAACUGACCAAAUGCAUCGCCACUGGCAACUUGAACUGUGAACUCAGGUUUCUUCCAAACCCAGUGAGAGGUGAGGGGGGAGUGAGGAAGGGGCGAAACUGUAUUUUGUGUGUGUGAGCACCUGACAAAUCUAUGGAAUCGAGUGAGAGAAGAAAUGUUAAUUCUUUAUUAUUUUAUUAUAUUUAUAUGGAGACCUUGAUUAUCCCUUUGGUAGGUACAAAGCGUGUUGUCUCUUUGACCCAUGACUGUCUCUCAGUAGUAGUCUGCACCUGUGAGCUGAGUCAGCCUAUAGUUACUGCCGGAAGUGACAACUAUCUUCGUGUGACAUCCGGGAGGAAAAGUCGGCUUUCGUUGUACCAUCUGGUCAUAAGUAAGGACUGUAUUUGUGUCACCAUUAUUAAAUAUAUGUACUUUUAUAACGACUGUGAAAUACACUUUU